CAAAGUAUAAUGUAGUUGAAUUUGGAAUCAUGUUCACCUAAUCAAAAAUAUUUAAAUGCUAAUGCGAUGCACCAUGUAAAAUAAAUAAAUUGUUACUUAAGAAAAGAAAGAAUUUAACUAAAGAUUUAUAGGGGACAAGAGAAAGAAAGUAAAGUCAAAAACAGAACCGUUCAAGUCUGUAGAAGAAGAAGAUUCAUGGUAUGGAUCAUAAUAAUCAUCAUCAAUGGCGUAUGAUGAGAUUUUUCUUCAAGAACGCCACAAUUGCUCUCACUGUCCUCAACCUUCCCAUCUUUCAUUUCCUCCUCCAUACCUUUUUGAUAAAUGCAGCUCAGCUUCGGUACAUCAAGGAAGCUGAAGAGAUUAGGCUCGCUAUGCAACCUCUAGAUCUCAUCAAAAGAGUCAGAGAAAUCGAACAGGAGGGAACUGGGGGACAAGAAACAGAGCAGCAGAAGCAGAACACAGCCGUUGAUCUUUCUAAACGCCUCAAGGAUUUUGCCUCCAGCUUGAAACCAUUGGAAGAAUGGCGAAAGCGGAAAAUGGAACGAGCAAGACAACGUGAUCUUGAGAAAACCGGUGGUCUUUCAUCAUCCAAAACAUCAUAAAAAGACCAUUAGUCCUCAAAAGAUGAGAGAUUAUCAUCAUGGCUAUAGAAAAUUGUUUAACAUUACAAGUCUCAUAAGAUAUUCAUGUUAGUGUCAGACAGAAAAUGUUUGAAAGAAGUAGAAAGGAAAGGAUCUGAAAUGUUGUAAUGUUUCCGACAUUGAACUCUCACAAACUUAUUUACACCAAACAAUAAUCAGUUAAUGUUAUAUGAACACACCUGUGGUUGAUCCAAUAACCUUAAUAUGUAAUGUCGGAUGAUGCUAAGGUUAUCUAUAGCAGGGCCGGGCCUGAAUGCAGGCAGAUCAAGCAUUUGCUUGAGGGCCGGUAACUAUAUAUUUUAUUUUGGGGCCAAUUUUCCAAAUGAUUAGGUAGCUUAGAUGGUUCAAGGGAUUGAAGUUCAACUCCAAACGUCAAGGGUUCGAAUGUUUACUUCUGCAGUUUUAUUUUAUUUUAGCUAAUACUAUAUUAAACCAAAAUAUAUGAAAAACUAAUCUUACCUAUCAAAACAGAAAUAGAGAAACAACAAAAUGAAAAUGAAAUAGAGUGAUGAAAACUAAUAAAAAGGAAAUAGAAUAAUGAUCAGCAUUAACUCAUACAAAUUCCUAAAGAAAACAGUUUUCAAAACCUAAUCCGACUGUUUUCUAAUGAUUUUUUUAGCUCUCAGUUAACAAAGCAACAAAGUUUUUUGUUUCUCCGACAUGGCUUUUCUGUUACAUAUUUUUAAACUGAAGUUCAACAGAUUAUAUUGAUUAUUGACUAUGUCACAAAAAUGUUGAUUAAACUAUACAAGUUUUCAAUUAAAAUUAUGUAUUAAGCUUUUCAAUAUUACUCAAUACUUAUAUUUUAAAAAAUUAGGGGGCCAAAAAAAAAUCUAGCUUCUAGUCAAAAAAAUCUCAGGCACAGUCCUGAUCUAUAGGGUCAUGCAAAACCGAAUGAAAUAUUAGUCUUGAGCCUCUAAUAAUUUUUUUUUAAAAUAAUAUAUGGACAUAUGCAAAAACAAUAACAUUUUAG